AUGGACAGAAAUAUCUCGCACGCGGCCUUUCCGCAGGGAAUUAUCGAUUUCGGAACAAUUCAUGCGGAUGAAAUCUUCUGUAAGUCGAUAAAUCUACAUAACCCGUUCACUAGGCCAAUUGUCUUCACAUUACACGAUAUCGUGAAUGAAACGAACCCGAAAUUCAACAUAAAACACCGAAAAAUUAUUUCUAUUGACAGCCACGAGACGAAAGAGUUCAUGCUGACGUUCGAGGGUACUGUUCCCGGCAAGUACAACCUGGAAAUACCGGUCACGACCAACUGUACACCUCCUUUUACGAUAAUAAUUUUGGCGAAUGUAGAAUAUCCUCGAGUUCGGUUCAGUAAUGAAGAUCACAACAUGGUAACUAGUAUAGAAUUUAUUGUUGGCGACGAUCAGCAGUACAUGUUGAAUAAAUGGACGAAAUGCGUUUAUGUGACUAAUAAUGCGUUCUCUCCUAUCUCGAUGAAUAACUUGUACAUCACUCCCAACAUGUUCAUUUCAUUCCGAGCCAAUAAAACCAGUUUGCAGCCUUACCAGACGACAUCUGUCUGUUUCGACUUCUCAUUGUGGCUUUUCGACUCGGACAAGACCGAAGGAAACAUUUCUUUCACGGUUCUCGCUCAGCAUUACUUGUAUACACUCCCAAUUUACGUUAAAAUUAGCGAUAAAGCCGUAAAACAAGUAAAUGAAGCAGUAAACAAGACGAUGAAGGUUAUUUCGACGAUAGGAUUGAUGUCACCUUUUGUGUCACUUUUGAUACGUAUUACUGUAUUUGUAUGGUUCCGAAAAGACAUGAAAUGGCGCGAGAGGAGAGUACAGAGAGCUGCCAAACACUACAGUGUUAAAGAGUACACAACUGCUGAAGUUCAGAAAGAUGAUUUGACUUCAAAUCCAAAGACUCAGUGGGUGAAGAGAAGAAACUGGACUCCGAAGUCUGCAAAUGACGCAACAAUAGGACUGAUGGCACAGCUUAUACAGUAA